AUGGUUAGAUUACAGAGAUAUAUAUUUAAGAGAGAUCUUAAUACAAUGAAAAAAUAUGGUAUUCAAAAGGAUACGACCAAACAGUUUUUUAAAAAUUUACCUAAAGUUCCAAUGACGAAAUACCUGGAAAGAACAGAAUUAUCAAAGGAUAUGUUAUAUAGUGGAUACAGGCCUAUUAUGUAUCCCGUUAAACAAAAUCCUUUAUUUCGUAAUAAGAAAAACUUGAUAAUAGAUUUUUCGCUUCAAGAUCAACAAAACAAACUGAAGGAAGAAUUACACUAUGAGAAUGACAGUGUUUCUAAUGAACUACUAUUCGGUAAAGAUAAUUGUGGUGGGAUAAGGUCGUGUGGUGUUAAUGGGAUUUGGAAAUAUAGCCCAGUUAUACCAUCAAAUUUUCUACCACUGAAUAUUUGGAAUAGUUCAUGUAUGGUAAUGCAAAUUUAUAAAGAAUGGGAUAAGAUACCAAAUGACAUCACAAAGAAGUUAAAACCGUUUGAUCGAGGGAAGAAUUAA